AGUCCAAAACUCUAGAUUUUUCUGAAAAUACUUGUGUCUUUUUUUUUUUUGUCUAAAUUUUCGUACGUCGUUUAUUGUUUUUUGGUUUUAUCUCAAAAAUUUCAGUUAAGCGUAAAUCUUUUUGAGGAAAAAGAAGAAAAGUACUUUAGGCAUUAUUGAGAUUGAGAGAUUGGUGUAAAACCGUGUUUAUUAUGCAGAAUAUUCGUAAGCUCCUGCUGAAUGCAAAGCCAUUGUCUCUCAUUGCGCGAGUGAAUCACAUACGAAAUGUGUGCGCCAACGAAGGCUCCAAGGCGAAAGGACUCGUCAUCGGCCUCUACCAGAAGGAGGGCGAAAAGGGUCCCAAGCUGACGUUUGCCGGCGAGAAGCUCAACGAUCGAUUGGGCGGCAAGUUGUCAGAGUUGAUAUGCGAAACGAAAAUCGACGGUCGACUGGGACGUGGCAAAGUGUUCAACAACGUCGACGAGGAAUACAGAAGCAUUGCCGUAGUUGGCGUCGGUCUCGAGGGCGUUGGCUUCAACGAGCUAGAAAUGCUCGACGAGGGCAUGGAGAAUGUUCGCAUUGCCUCGGGCAUUGGGGCGCGAUCCUUGCAGCUGAUUGGCUGCACACAAGUGUCCAUCGAUAGCAUGGAUUACGCUGAGCAGGCGGCAGAGGGCGCCACCUUGGCCAUCUGGCGGCACAUGGAGAUGCUCAGCAAGGAGUAUCGUCGAGUUGUGCCCAAGCUGGAGCUGUAUGGCUCAUCAGAUGUCGAGGGCUGGACACGCGGCGCCUUCAAGGCAGACUCUCAGAAUCUGGCGCGUCGCUUAAGCGAUGCUCCAGCGAACUGCAUGACGCCCACACUCUUUGCCCAGGCCACCGUGGAUGCAUUGUGUCCCUGCGGCAUAACCGUCGAGGUGCGCACCAUGGACUGGAUCGAACAGCAGCGCAUGCACUCGUUCCUCACCAUUGCCAAGGGCUCCUGUGAGCCACCCGUGCUCAUGGAGAUCAGCUACUGUGGCACUGCGCCAGAGGAUAAACCCGUGCUGUUUGUGGGCAAGGGAAUCACCUUCAAUUCGGGCGGCCUCAACCUGCGCAGCUGCGAAGGCAUGGAUGAGUACAGGGCGAGCAUGUCUGGAGCGGCAGCUUGCGUGGCCAUGAUGCGCUGUGUGGCAGCUCUCUCGCUGCCCAUCAACGUGGUGCUCAUCAUUCCCCUGUGCGAGAAUUUACCUUCCGGAAUGGCCGCCAAGCCCGGCGAUGUUUGCACAUUGCUCAACUCCAAAGCGAUGGCGAUACGUGAUCUGGAUAAGGCUGGAGUUGUUGUCAUGGCGGAUCCUCUGAUCUACGGCCAGACAACGUACAAACCGCGACUUGUCGUGGACGUCGCCACCUUGGGUACGGGCGCCAAGAAGGCUUUCGGUGGCGGCGCCUCGGCCAUCUUCUCCAAUUCCCAUUACAUUUGGAAGCAAUUCCAGCGCGCCGGCUCCUUGACUGGCGAUCGUGUGUGGCGUUUGCCCCUGUGGCAAUACUACAAGAAGCAGGUCACCGAUGAGCUGGGCUACGACAUCAGCAACGAUGGUCGUGGCUUGGCCAACUCCUGUCUGGCGGCUGCUGUGCUCCACGAACUUGUUCCCUGCGCCGAUUGGGCGCAUCUCGAUACCAGAGGUUCGGGUAUGCUUAGUAUGUAUGGCCUGGUGCCGUAUCUGAACUCGUGGCGUAUGACUGGACGUCCGACCAGAACCUUAACCCAGUUCCUUUACCAGCUGUCGUGCCCAGAACAGAAGUAAUGUGAAUGUGAGCUGUGAACCAAUGUUUAACUUGUCGAUUGUUGUUGUUUAUAUUGCAUGUUUUGUGAAGCACAAUUUACCAAAGGCUUUUAUGAAAACCGAUAAAGAAUAAAAAAAAGCCAAUUUUUAAAGUGUACAAGCAAA